AGAAAGAAAGAAAGAAAGAAAAAAAGAGAAUAUAUGGAAGCUUUCCUCUCUGUAGCACAGAGUACACUCUCCUUCGCACUCCGAGGCCGCUCCAAUCCCUCCUCUCAUGCCAAAAUGGCGGAUUUUGUAUCAGAACCCACCUUGACCACUGCUGCUCCUUCUCCUGAAGCCAUCAAUGCCGGAUUGAAGGACCUUUGCCUUGAUAAAAAGACCCAGCAAGAGCCGGAGGAUGUGAUUGGGGAUCAGGAGGACAAUGAGCCCGAGGAUGAGGAUGGAAAGCCUGAUCAUGGUGAUGAUGGUGAUGAUGGUGAUGAUGAUGCGGAGGAAGAGGAACUGGAGGAGCAGGAGGAGCCUGUGCUUGCCAAAGAGGAAGGGGGCAAGAAGUUCCGAUACCCUGUAAGGCCUGGUGAGCCGGCUUGCUCGUACUAUAUCAAGACUGGGACUUGCCGCUUUGGAUCCAAUUGCAAGUAUAAUCACCCCAGACGAAGGAGGAGGACUUUGACAAAGGAUUCAUUGGAAGCCAAUCAUCAGGCUGUUAAAGAAAAGGAAAGGGAAAUUGGGAAGGAAACUCUACCAGAGAAGGCCGGACAUGGAAAAUGCAAGUAUUUCUUGAUGCCAGGAGGUUGUAAGUUUGGGAAAGACUGCAAGUUUGCUCAUGAUCAAGAAAUGAAUGAAGAAGGUUCAGUGGAGCUAAACUUUUUGGGGCUUCCAGUGCGACCUGGGGCAAGAGAGUGCUCAUAUUACAUGCGCACAGGUGGUUGUAAGUACGCAAAUAAUUGUAAGUUUCACCAUCCUGAUCCUAUUGCUGUUGGUGGGCGAGAGCCACGAGACCACCCUUCAAAGUAUAAUCAAGGACAUACUCCAGUGGUAUCACAGCUCCCUGCAACUUCUUGGCCCAUGCAGAUCGGCUCAAAUGAACCAGUUACCUUCUUAAAUCCGUCACCACAUUUCAUGCCUGGGAUGAUUUUACCACCUCAAGGACUACACCCUACCCCAGAAUGGAAUGGGUUUCAGGCUCCAGUAAAUCCUUUUUAUCUACAGCCGGCACCACCACCACCACAUCCUGAAAUGUUUGUACAAUAUGCUCCCCCAAACCCUGUGCAUCAGCAGGUAUAUAUUGAUGAAUUUCCGGACAGGCCUGGCCAACCAGAAUGCCAGCAUUUCAUGAAAACUGGCUCUUGUAAAUUCAAAUCAUCAUGUAAGUUUCACCAUCCAAAGAGUCGAUCCGUCAAAGCAUCACCAAGCAUGGUAAGACCUCAUGCAGCCUAAUGAAUGUGUUUCUCAGAGGAGGAUUAAUUCAACUAUACCUCCUCGAACAUUCCUUGAGAUUUUUCCUGGAUUUGCUGCUGGAGCUUAAAGCUGUUCGGAACAAUGGCUUGGUCUUGCACUCUGAAAAGGGGCAUGUGAUUUCAUCUGUUGUAAAAGUACACAGUUAAAGAAUGAUGACCGACCUUGUUAUGUUUCUCAUGUAGAUUACUCGUUUCUAAGUAACAACAUUAUGCUGAUAUGUGGAACACAACACUUUCGUGCAAUAUGUCCUAUGUACGAUACAGGGAAGGACAAUAAACACAACUCUUGACAUUUCAGUUCAA